UCCGUCUACAGGCUGCUGAAGAAGUACUGCGGGGAGCGCCCCUACUACCUGCAGCUGCUGGAGCUCUUCCUGCAGACUGGCUACCAGACUGAGCUCGGGCAGGCACUGGACCUCAUCACUGCUCCGAUUUCCCAGGUGGAUUUGAGUCGCUUCAGUGAGCAGAGGUACAAGGCGAUCGUUAAGUACAAGACAGCGUUCUACUCCUUCUACCUGCCCGUGGCCGCAGCCAUGUACAUGGCUGGCAUUGACAGUAAGGAGGAGCACGACAACGCCAAAGCGAUCCUGCUGGAGAUGGGUGAAUUCUUUCAGAUCCAGGACGAUUACCUGGACUGCUUUGGAGACCCGGAGCUGACGGGGAAGGUUGGCACUGACAUCCAGGACAACAAGUGCAGCUGGCUGGUGGUGGAGUGUCUGCGCCGGGUGACGCCGAACCAGAGGCAGAUCCUGGAGGAAAACUAUGGCUGUAAGGAGCCUGAGAAGGUGGCAAAGGUGAAGGAGCUCUAUGAGGCUCUGGGCAUGAGGGCAGCUUUUCAGGAGUACGAGGAGAGCAGCUACCGACGCCUGCAGGAGCUGAUCGCAAAGCAC